AGGGUGGGCGGAGCGUUCGGUGGGCGCGAGAGCAGGGCCCGAGCCGGCCUGGGAGCUUGCCGAGCCGAACGCGGCCAGCGGAGCGCCUGGGCGGCGGCGGCGGCGGCGGCGGCUGCGUGCGCGAUGGCUCCGGCCGCGGACCGCGAGGGCUACUGGGGCCCCACGACGUCCACGCUGGACUGGUGCGAGGAGAACUACGCGGUGACCUGGUACAUCGCCGAGUUCUGGAAUACAGUGAGUAACCUGAUUAUGAUUAUACCUCCAAUUUUUGGUGCAAUUCAGAGUGUUAGAGAUGGACUGGAAAAGCGGUACAUUGCUUCUUAUUUAGCACUCACAGUGGUAGGAAUGGGAUCCUGGUGCUUCCACAUGACUCUGAAAUAUGAAAUGCAGCUAUUGGAUGAACUCCCAAUGAUUUACAGCUGUUGUAUAUUUGUGUACUGCAUGUUUGAAUGUUUCAAGAUGAAGAACUCUGUUAACUACCAUCUGCUUUUUAUCUUAGUUCUUUUCAGUUUAAUAGUAACCACAGUUUACCUUAAGGUAAAGGAGCCUGUAUUCCAUCAGGUUAUGUAUGGAAUGUUGGUCUUCACAUUAGUACUUCGAUCUAUUUAUAUUGUUACAUGGGUUUAUCCAUGGCUCAGAGGACUAGGUUAUACAUCCUUGGGCUUAUUUUUAUUGGGAUUUCUGUUAUGGAACAUAGAUAACAUAUUUUGUGAUUCACUGAGGAACUUUCGAAAGAAGAUGCCACCUAUCAUAGGUGUUGCCACACAGUUUCAUGCAUGGUGGCAUAUUUUAACUGGCCUUGGUUCUUAUCUUCACAUCCUUUUCAGUUUGUAUACAAGAACUCUUUACCUGAAAUACAGGCCAAAAGUGAAGUUUCUCUUCGGAAUCUGGCCAGUAAUCCUGUUUGAGCCUCUCAGGAAGCACUGAUGAAUUAUUCCAGGAAAACAAACAAAGCAUCUACCAUAGGCCUGGCCAAAUGAAUAAGGAAAUCCUUAAAGAUCUACACAUUCAAAUAUAUCAUGACCAUCACAGCAAAGGAGUGACUUUCUAACUAAUGCUGCCAGUCACACAGAGAAUAAGGAAUAGUCUUGUUGGAUGUUGAGCUCGCGUCUUUAUCUCAUUUGUCCCUUCUCCUCCUCACCCUCACCCUAAGAUGUUUAAAAAGAAACAGACAUGAUGUGUGUAUAUAUAGUUGAAUGCUGGAAAAAUGAGGCUUUUCUUAACAGGUUAACAGUUUGUGCUGAUCAUAGGAAAUUUAACCUUUUUCCCUUUUUUGACAAGGGUUGCAUGUAAAUUAUACUUUGCUUAAUAUUUGAUUAAAUGAUCCAAACAGUCAGCUAAGUAUUGGCAAAACCCCAUACCCAGAUGGCCAGCUGUGGAGCUGGCCGUGUCAGCCUUGAUUUGUGUUCUUGUCGUAGUAACCUCAUGAAUGGUUUUCCAAGGUGAAAAAGAGCUAUCUGUGGGAUUCUGGUAGUUCCUCACGGUCUGCCCUUGUGCUAGUCAGCAUGUCAUAAGCAAGCUCCAACUGGCCACUCGGUUCCCUACUUGCCAUAACCCAGAUUUGCAGUGGGUUCUGGGGUGUCUGUGUGUGGCCACUGCCAAUCGGAGUUGAGUGGGUCACCUUGUAGAGUUUGCAAAGACCACAAGGACACCUGUGGGAUGUUGUGCCUCCAGGCUGUUAGUUAAAGGUGGUUUCUCUGUUUUCUUUGAUCUUUGCAGAUCUUUAAGUUGUCACUGGUUUUAUGGCUAGGCAAACGUGAUUGGUGGUCUGGCCUGCCAAUAUUCCACCCUCUUGACGGAACUUAUUUGAAGUUACCAGUGAAUGUUGCUUGUUACACUCUUUUUAAACUAUGCCAUAUUUUCCAGUUUUCAGAGGGGCCUUGGUUAUGCCCAGGGAAAUGUAUCAGGUUAACUAGAGCUAAAAUGAUCAGGAUCCUAUUUACAUAAAGCUUAUUAGAAUGCCUGCCCCUUCAUUUGUUGAAGGAAAUAGAUACAAGAGUUGAGAAUGGCUCUCACUUACUUGAACGAACUCCCCAAAAUUAAAAUACUAAAAAAAUGGCAGUGAAAUAUCAUCACAAAGCAGCUAGUUCUGAUUUGGGUUCAGAUGUAUAACAAAUUGAAUUACAUUUCACAAACAUAACACCGAUCUGGAGUAAAACCUUAUUUGACCCCUUUGCCUGAGGUAUCACCGUAUUGGUAGCUCUGUACCACUUGGCAUUUUUGCGACUUUAUUAUAAAACCCAGAUUGUUUUUACCGCUUGGUGACAUUGACCCAGAUUAAAUCCUGAAGCUACAGCUUCAAAAGGAAAAUCAUUUUUUUCUCUGCAAAGGUAUAAAAACACUCCUGUCAUUUUCCCAGUAUCCAGUAAGUCGCCUUUGUACAAAUUUAAAACCAGUACAGAUUUUGUUGUUCUUCACCUUCUGGCCUUAGUUUUAGUCCAAGAACUAUUUUCCUUACCAAAGCAUGCCAACACGCCAUUAGGCAUAAACUUCUGCCUACUUUUAUGAUCCUCCAGCAAGAAAAGCACUUGCCAAAAUAAAUCUAAAGAACUUUGGUUGUGCCUUAAGAAAACCUAAAACUAAGCAGUUCUAAUACACAGCCCGUAAGACUGUUCUUUCGCCAUAAGAUUCUGACUUCUGACUACAUUUCAUGUGCAGCUACCUAGGCUAUCAGCCAUCUUACAUUUUUCAAAUAGGUUCAUUUGUUUCACACCAUUGUCUUUUGUACUUUUCACUCAAGCUACACUUCUGUGUAAAGAAUCUAUGUAUGGCAACAAAGGCACAGCCUUCUUGAUAGCGCAGCCAGGCGCAGGGAGACUGAGGCUGUGCAUAUCACAGACAAGGUGUGGAGAGCCCCCACUGAUACCCAAGCCCUUUCCAGCAGUUUGCUGAACAAACACUUCAGCCACCACCCCCUGUAGUCACUUGCUGAAUGAAGUUGUCCAGCACCUCCGUGGAGAAGCACGGGCACCACUGGGUGACUUGUAACGCUGUGGCCACUUGUUCAGAGACCCUUGUCUCUGCUGUGAAAACAGCUGGCAUGGAAGCAGAAAGCAUUUUAGAAGUGUUGAGCAGAAAGCAGAGACUGAAUCCAGGCUCUAACUCUCCCAAGUUCGCCUGUGCCUCACAUACGGCUCUCUUUCUAGCAGCCUAAGUAUUAGCACACUCAAGACUUCUUUUCUGUGCCAUAGCGAGUAUUAUGGAAAUACUGCUGACCUUCAGGGUAUUGCUAAAUCAACUUUAUUUGAAUGGCUUUAUUUUUCUCUUCUAGGAUUCCAGGUAGGCAUUGUAGGGUUGGGUUCCCUUUACUUCCUUGGCAGACUUCCUAAACUAGAGUAUACAAAAACCGAUUUCCUGCUGAGCAAACAUAUCUGAUGUGAAAGGUGCUCCUCUGUGAGCCCUGUAGCAAAUUACAUUUUAGAAAAUACUAGUAUCUUAUGAGGAUAUGAAAGCAGCAGUUGGCCUGUGUAUCUUAAUAUCCUGCCAUUUUCACUCCAGAAAAUUGAAAGCAAUUUGACUUUUUUUCAAGGAAAAACUAAAUGAAAGGUGGUUGUCCUAAUCUGGUUGGUCACUCCACCCACCCCUCCCCACCGUGGUGCUUUCAUGAAAACAUUGCCAACACCUGAAGUGAUCUCUUUUAUCUUUGCGAUAUUGUAUAAAUUGAUGAUUGGGGAUAAAUUGAUGACAAACAUUUGUUUUUGAUUAAUUUACAAAUGAGAACCUCAAGUAGUGUAUUUGGUUUAGUAGAAUCAGAUAAAAUAUUAUGGUUUACCCUAAAUGCACAGUUUCCAGGACCAUUAAACUAGUCUUUCCUUACACUAAGAAUGUUUUACUUAUACUGAUGAAGUUUUGGGGUGAUGGUGGGGUAGUCUAGAGCCGACAAGAAAGAAUUCUUGAAGACGCCUUUGGUGCAAAGGUGAUUUUAUUAAAACAAGGAGACAGGACCCAUGGGCAGGAAGAGCUUCAUGGGGUCAUAAUAGGUAACUCAUUAUAUACCCUCAGGUUGGGAGGGGGUCAGGGAUAGAGUAAGCCUCUAAGGAAUUUUGGAAGCAAGGUUUCCAGGAUCUUGAGGGGCUAGCUGUUGCUAGGGAAAUGCCACUUAUUACCACUUCAUAAACCCUCAGUCAUGAGACCCUUUAGAUGUAUAUCGAGGGCCCAUAAACUUGGAGUAUGAUCUCCAGCGUAUAUCUUGGGAGAGUUGAGAUAAAGGAAGUUGACUUAUAGGAUCCUCGAGGUUGGGAUAAUGUUAAGCCAAGGUUGUCUGUCUUUUGCCCCCAGCAAAGUGUCAUCCUUGAGGCAGCUGAGCUAGAGGGAGGUCACUCUGCUGGUCUCAAGGACUUGUCAGUGGGCUGUAGGCAGUAAGGGAAUUUAAUUUUUCAUUUGCCUUAGUUUCCCACGUUACCAUGGCAAGCAUUUAAACCCCUUUCCUUUGUUCUUGGGUAGCCAGGAGUAUCCGAGGACUAUCACACAUUCCACCUGGUGGGGGGAGGGGGGUGGUGUGCCAGCCUGUAUUUUGCCCUCAGCUUGCCUCAUGCUCCCCCAUCAAUACUAAAGAUAAAGAGGUCAGAGUCAAAAUCAAGAGACCAAAAACUUUGCAUGAAAAUCUUUACAUGCCAAAAAAAAAAAACCCCAAAAAACUAUAUUCUAUUUAAGAUUUGAUUUUUAAUAAUCUCUACACCCAACAUGAGGCUCAAACAUACAACCCCAAGAUCAAGAGUCACAUGCUCUACUGACUGAGCCAACCAGGUGCCCCAAAACUAAGUUCUGUUUUAAUGCCUACUCCUUCAGAAUUUAGCCAGUGCCCCUUAAAGUGUAAUAAUUUAGUUUUAAGGUUUUCUUAUGAGUCGUAUGGGUUCCAUAUUACUUUGCUCUUGAAAAGAAAAAAGAAUCAUGUGUUGCAAAGUUUUAAUAGUUUUAACUCUCAGUUGCACGUUUACAUGGCAAAAGAAAUUAUUAUAACCCUGUGGUUUAUGAUGUGCUACUGGAUAAAUAUUUAUAUAAAACUGAUGUUUCAAAGAGAGUCAGUUAUAAUUGGAACUUGCAAACUGUGUGGCAAUUUGCAGAUCUACCUCUGUUUUACAUUUUGCCUCUUAUCGGUGCCAUAAUGUAAUUAGUUCGAUUGCA